AUGGCGUUCACCUGUCGAGGGCUGGAUUCGCAGCGCUGCUGCAGAUCGAGUACGCCGCCACGCCGACGACUUUCUGAGUCUGACUUCAACAGGAGAGCGCCGCGCACCGUCCACUGCGGCACGCGCCGCCAGCAGGCUUGCGUGCGGCAGACGUUCGCCGCGGGCUCCGGCCGCGACUCCACGGUGUCGGUGCAGUCGACGAUGGCGGACCGGUUCGCGGGCAGCGGCGGCCGCGACUCUUCCACGUCGGUGGUGCGCGCCGGCGACCGCUACCCGAGCAGGGGCGGAGCCAGCGACGUCGAGCUGGACCGCUAUCCCGGCAGGGGCGGCGCCAGCGACGCCGAGCUGGACCGCUAUCCCGGCAGGGGCGGAGCCAGCGACGUCGAGCUGGAUCGCUAUCCCGGCAGGGGCGGAGCCAGCGACGCCGAGCUGGAUCGGUACCCCGGCAGGGGCGGAGCCAGCGACGUCGAGCUGGAUCGGUACCCCGGCAGGGGCGGCCAGGGCGACGCCGAGCUGGAUCGGUACCCCGGCAGGGGCGGAGCCAGCGACGCCGAGCUGGAUCGGUACCCCGGCAGGGGCGGCCAGGGCGACGCCGAGCUGGAUCGGUACCCCGGCAGGGGCGGAGCCAGCGACGCCGAGCUGGAUCGGUACCCCGGCAGGGGCGGAGCCAGCGACGUCGAGCUGGACCGGUACCCCGGCAGGGGCGGCCAGGGCGACGCCGAGCUGGACCGGUUCUCGCACUACGACCGCGACUCGCCCGUCGUGCCGGCGCCGCUGUACGCCGUGCCCGUCUCCAAGGAGUCGCCGCCGGUGGCGCCCGCAGCCCGCUACCCCGCCUCCAGGGGGUCGCCCGUCGCCACGGCGCAGCUCGACAGCCCGUCGGCGUCGGCGGCGCAGCUGGACCGCUACCCGGCGUCGCCGCCCGCCGCGCAGCUGGACAAGUACCCGCCGCCGCCGCCCCCGCAGCUGGAGGGCCGGUUCGGCGGCGGCCGCUCGACGCCCCAGCAGCAGCAGCACGAGGGCCGGUCGACGCCGUCGACGCAGCUGGACAAGUACCCCGGGCCGGCGGGCCGGCAGGCGUCUUCGCUGUCGGAGCACCGCUACGGGCGCGACUCGCCGACCGUGGUGGCGCCGCCGCCGCCGGCGUUGCUGGAGCGCUUCGCGACGCCGCCCGCCGCCCCCGAGAACAGCCUCAUCGAGCCGUACGUGCCGCCCCCGCAGCAGCAGCAGCAGCACGCGGCGUCGCCCCCGCAGCCGGGCACGGCCACCGGUUCGCUCGAGCUGAGCCGCACGCCCAGCGAGGAGCCGCCGCCGUCCAGCGAGGCCAAGUCGAAGAGCGUGUCCUUCGAGGACGAGGAGCAGUCGUCGCCGGCGCCCGUCUCGCUCGUCGUCCACCCGCCUCCACCCGCCGAGAAGCCCGAGCGCCGCGUCCUGUCGGCCCGCGAGCGCUGGCACUGGGCGUACAACAAGAUCGUGAUGCAGCUCAAUAUGCGGGGCGGCCCAGACACACAUCGCGUGCCGGCCCCCGCCCGCCGCCCGCCGCCCGCCGCCCGCAUCUCGCGCAGUCGGGCUGCCUGCUGCCUCCCCACUGCGCCUCUGACGGCCACUCUCUCCAACUCGAGGCCUCGCCGCCUCACCCAGUGA